UCGAAUUUCAAAAAAUUCAAUCACCCCGUCACACUCCUCCUCACUUGAUAGUAUUCACUUUCCUGUCUCAUUUUAUACUUGGCAAUGAUCAAAAAAUGACAAAACUAGUUCCUUUUGCUACUGUCCUAACUCCAAGGACAUUUCCUUAUGGUUCUUCAUAAAUAGAGCAUCAAGAAAAUAAAGAAACUUAGGCCAAAAACUUAGAAAGACUUAGGCCAAAAACUUAGAAUUUCACUUGACGUGAUAUGAUGGGAUUCCUAAAAGUCCUCUUCUCCAAUUCUAAACUAAUUCCUAGAAGUGCUAGUACACAACCACUUGGCCAAUUCCAUGCACUUCUUGGUUUUUCAUCAAAAAGCCUUUUAUCAUUUUCCCGGUUUGAGUCAACCAACAUAAUGAAAGAGCAACCUUCUCUUUUUGCAGAACAUGAUGAUGAUGAUUAUUUUCAGGACAUGGAUUUCCCUGGAGGGAAGGUUCCAAUUACUCCUCAAAUGAAAUUUAUUUCAGAGUCAUCUGAAAAGAGGUUACCUUGUUAUAGAGUCCUUGAUGAUGAUGGUUAUCCAAUUCCAGGCAGCAUCUUUGAGGAGGUGAGCAAAGAACUAGCAGUAAAGAUGUAUAGCUCAAUGGUAACACUUCAGACAAUGGAUACCAUUUUUUAUGAAGCACAAAGGCAGGGGAGAUUAUCUUUCUAUCUCACAACUGCUGGAGAAGAAGCUAUCAACAUAGCAUCUGCUGCUGCUCUCAGCUUAGACGACUUUGUGUUGCCUCAGUACAGGGAAGUAGGGGUUAUAUUUUGGCGCGGCUAUCCCCUGCAACAGAUUGCCAAUCAAUUGUUCGGAAACAAGUUUGAUUAUGGAAAAGGAAGGCAAAUGCCAUGCCACCAUGGUUCUAAUGAGCUAAAUUACCUUACUGUUUCUUCGCCAAUAGCAACACAGAUUCCUCAGGCCGCAGGCGUUGCUUAUUCUCUCAAAAUGGAUAAAAAGGAGGCUUGUGCUGUCGUUUUUCUUGGAGAUGGUAGCACCAGUGAGGGAGAUUUCCAUGCUGGUUUAAACUUUGCAGCAGUAUUGGAUGCUCCUGUUGUCUUUAUAUGCCGCAACAAUGGAUGGGCCAUCAGUACACCUAUAAACGAACAAUUUCGAAGUGAUGGAAUCGCCUCUAAAGGAGUAGCGUAUGGUAUUAGAAGUAUCCGUGUGGAUGGCAACGAUGCCUUGGCAACUUAUAGUGCUAUUCGUGCAGCUCGCGAAAUGGCAAUUAAGGAACAAAGGCCAAUAAUAGUAGAGGCCAUGACUUAUAGAGUAUCUCACCAUUCAACAUCUGAUGAUUCAACCAAGUAUCGACCCGUGGAGGAAAUAGAGCACUGGAAAACAGCGAAAAGCCCAAUAUCAAAAUUCAGAAAAUAUAUUCAAAGAAAUGGCUGGUGGAAUGAUGAGAAUGAAUCCGAACAUCGUGGAGACAUCAGAAAACAGGUGUUGCAAGCAAUUCAAGCAGCAGAGAAGGUAAAUAAAUCUUCAUUGACAGAUUUGUUUACAGAUGUUUAUGAUAAACUGCCAUUAAAUCUUCAAGACCAAGAGAAAUCCCUUAGAGAUGCUGUAAAGAGAUCACCAAAAGAAUAUCCUUCGGAUGUUCCUAUAUAGGCUAAUAAUGUGUUACUAUGAUAACAUGUAAUGGCUACAAGUCAACUCUGGAAUUGCCAGAGUUCUUUAUGUUACAUAUAGCUACAUUAGUUUAUAAAUAAAAGUUCUUUAACAAA